AUGUCGCGAAACGCACCAGAUGGUGGUGAUGCCAACAUCAGCAGCACUGGCAGCAGCUCUCGGCCUGAAAGCAACCAGGGCAGCACUACCACCUUCAGGACUCCUCGAAAGCAACAACAGCUUCACAGCCUCCAAACUCCUCAACCUGCAGAAGAGUCUCCGUCUCCAACCCCGAGGAGGUACCUAUACUCGUACCCAGGCACAGGCACAGGAACAAGGGCCCGCACCGCCACAGACCCGGAUAGCGAAUGCGCCACACCCACGCCUGCGCCACACCGCUACGGUUUGCGCGCGCGAAGAGCAUCUCGAGGCUCGUUUUCGACUCCCUCGCGUCGGCAGCAGCAGCAGCAGCAGCUCACCACGACUCACAAUACCACUCCCACCAGGACGAGCGGCAGCGGCGCAGCGGCAAUUCGCACGGGCUCUCCGCUCAGCUACGGCAUCGACCACUAG